GGCUGCGGACUGCAGCCGGGGGUGGCCGCUGGCCGGGCUCUGGGCGGCGGCGAGGAGAAAGUGGCGUGCGGGGCGCCAGGUCAAACGCUUUCCAACUUCAACAUUGAUUUUGUUGUAACUUUACUGAGGCAGGAAAAUGCCAAAGACAUUUGUGUCAUUCAGGUGCCUCCAGAAUUUAAAUACAGUGACUACUUUAUAAUUGUGAGUGGAACUUCUACAAGACAUGUCCAGGCAAUGGCACAAUACUUGCUGAAAAUGUACAAGCAUCUGAAACAAGAUGAUGAUCCUUAUGUCCAGAUUGAAGGGAAAGACACAGAGGACUGGAUGUGCAUUGAUUUUGGUAGCAUGGUGAUCCAUCUCAUGCUUCCAGAGACAAGAGAGAUUUAUGAAUUGGAAAAGUUAUGGACCCUCCGCUCUUAUGAUGACCAGUUAGCACAGAUUGUUCCAGAGUCAUUACCAGAUGACUUCAUAUUUGGACUCGAAUCUCAACAACAGUGAUCAAAAUCUUUCUUUCAGGAAAAGAAUGUCAUAUGUAUAAUACAGCUAACAGCAUUCACCACUUCAGGAUUUAAAUAAAACUGAAUUAGUUUUUGGUUGCAAACUGAGUUGGCUAACUCUUGGAAGGAGGAGGAACUGCUGUGCUUUGAAGCAAAGAUAGAAUGACUUGAAGGCAAUACCACACCUGGUUAGGACAGUAAGUGAAUACCAUAUUUAAUGGAGCGCUUGGUACCUAACUUCCACAAUGGACAUAGGCAAUUUUAUGAACAGGACUGUAUUAUCUCAUUGCUUUGGAUGGGUAGGAAACUGAAUUCCAUGACUGAAGAGGUAGUGUUUUACUUAGUGAUUUCAGGUUGGUAACAGUAGAGAGUCCAUCACCUUCAUUCUUUUGUAAAGGAAGAUGAACCCUAUUUACCUCUAUACAAAGAGCUCACUGUAUUUUGAUUAUUAUUUAAAUAACCAGUAGUUUUCUGUUCAUGACUAACACAAGGCAUAACAAAGUUGUAGGUAAGCAGUUAUGAUACUCUUGUAUAGACAUGCUAAUAAAGCUGGCAUUGGCAAGUUUCAUGUAACAAAAAAAAAUUCUUGUCUGAUAAACCAAUCCAAUUAACACAAAUUUAAAAUGUUACAAUGAAAUGCAAGUUAUCAGUAGCCAAAUAUUGUGUUAAUAUUAACAAUAAACCAGAUGUUGAUGAAGGAAGCAAAAAACUUCUUUCUUCAGCAUUAUGCAUCUGUGGUAUAUUAAACUUAUCCUUAUAGUUAUUUCAUUAAUGCUACUCAGUUACGUAGCUUAUAUCCUCUCUACACAUGACAUUUUAAUAAGUGGAGCAUUAAGAUAAUAGAGAAUGGAAAUGGUUAAGUAUUAGCCUGCCUGAAUCUAUAUAAAUACUAACAUUCUUCAAGUUAAUGGGAAAAGAUAGAUGUUUGUUGUUAAGCAGGCAAAAAAAAAAUCUCAUCUAGAGAUUAUAGGGAAGCAGAGAUGGAAAGGACCUCUAGAGGUCACUUAAUCCAACCCCCUGCCUGAGGCAGGAUCCAUAUGUAUUCAAAACAUCCUAAAGAAUCCAUGAUCUAAAUUCUGUAUAAGCCUACUGCUAACACAGACCUAACACCCUGAGCUGUCACUGAUUAAAAGUAGGGGAGCCAUGCCAGCCAGUGUCCUGCUUCUAUUUGUUAAUGUAUGCUCAAGAGAUCCCAGGUAGAGGGCUAUGCCACCCACUACUGAGGAAGUUAAACCCCCCUAGUUUGUACCAAUCUGAUGAUGGGGUAAAAUUCCUUCUCAAUCCCAAUACAGUGCAGCUGUAUCACACUGCAGACUAGUAUUCAGUUUGUGUUCUACCAAGACUACCCAGUUCUUUUCCACAGUGCUGCCAUCCAGCCAAGUGUCAUGCAUUUUAUAUCUGUUUAUGAUUAUUGCUUCUAACAUGUAGCACCUUGCAUUUGACCACACUGAACUUCAUCCCAUUAGCUGUAGAGCAGGGGUAGGCAACC